GGUGUGUCUAUUUUCUAUGUCCCAGGUGAUCCAGAGAACAUCCUGUGUAUAAUAUGUCCGGCUCUGUCCCAAGCCGCUCUCGAGUUUACCCUGAUGUAAACACACAGAGGCCUCGGGAGUACUGGGACUACGAGUCCCAUGUGGUGGAAUGGGGGAACCAAGAUGACUACCAGCUGGUGCGCAAACUAGGACGAGGCAAAUACAGUGAGGUGUUUGAAGCCAUAAAUAUCACCAACAAUGAGAAGGUUGUUGUCAAAAUUCUCAAGCCAGUCAAAAAGAAGAAAAUCAAGAGAGAAAUCAAGAUUCUAGAAAACUUGCGAGGCGGUCCCAACAUCAUCUCACUUUUAGAUAUCGUCAAGGAUCCUGUGUCUCGAACUCCCGCGCUGGUUUUUGAGCAUGUCAACAACACUGAUUUCAAGCAACUGUAUCAAACUUUAUCAGACUUCGACAUACGAUUCUACAUGUUUGAAAUCUUGAAGGCCCUUGACUACUGUCACAGUAUGGGGAUCAUGCACAGAGAUGUCAAGCCACACAAUGUGAUGAUUGAUCAUGAACACAGAAAGCUCCGCCUGAUCGACUGGGGCUUGGCAGAGUUCUACCACCCUAACCAGGAGUACAAUGUGAGAGUGGCCUCGCGCUACUUCAAAGGACCUGAGCUGCUGGUAGACUACCAGAUGUAUGACUACAGUUUAGACAUGUGGAGUUUGGGCUGUAUGUUGGCCAGCAUGAUCUUCAGGAAGGAGCCUUUCUUCCAUGGACACGACAACUACGACCAGCUCGUACGGAUUGCUAAAGUCCUCGGCACAGAGGACUUGUAUGACUACAUCGACAAGUACAACAUUGAACUAGACCCACGGUUUAAUGACAUUCUGGGCAGACACUCCCGUAAGAGGUGGGAGAGGUUUGUGCACAGUGAGAACCAGCACCUGGUGAGCACCGAGGCUCUGGACUUCCUGGACAAGCUGCUGCGUUACGACCACAACGCUCGCCUCACGGCCCGGGAGGCCAUGGAACACCCAUACUUCUACUCCGUUGUUAAAGAUCAGGGAAGGGGCAGCACUCCUGGAGGAAUAGUUACCAGCUCCACUCCAGUCAGCUCUUCCAGUAUGAUGGCAGGUAUCACCUCCACAAAGGCACUGGCUAACAACGCUGGAUCACCUGUCAUCUCUGCCCCCAACACUCUGGCCCCACAAGUCCCAGCGGCCGGGGCACAGCCCUGAAACCUCCACCCCCUCCUCCCAGUGGCUGCCGGGGCACAGCCCUGAAACCUCCACCCCCUCCUCCCAGCGGCCGGGGCACAGCCCUGAAUCCUCCACCCCCUCAUCCCAGCGGCUGCCGGGCACAGCCCUGAAAUCUCCACCACCUCCUCCCAGCGGCUGCCGGGCACAGCCCUGAAACCUCCACCCCCUCAUCCCAGCGGCUGCCGGG